CCCUCCCCAUCCUUCCUUCUUUGCUCUGGCCACUAUUUCUUGUAGGUAUGGAGCUAGAGCUACCCACGAAUGCCCAGAAAACUAUCUCAAACGUCGAUAACCAAGUUUAUAUUAGGAAAACAGACUCAUUAACUACAGAUACUACUCGCAACUCCGACGAUCUUAGACAUGGUUCUGAAUCAUUCAGGAUUCUGGAGAUGGGUGUGCCGAAGAGCAGUUCAGCUGAGAAAAAACUGUCUUGGUUGAGGUCUCAAAUAAUCGGCAGAGAUGCUGAGUUCAACUCUCCUUUUGGGAAACGAAGAGUUACCUACGCCGAUCAUACUGCCUCCGGUCGGUGUCUUCAUUAUAUUGAAAAUUUCAUCAUCAACAACGUUCUUCCAUUUUAUGGUAAUACACACACAGGCGAUAGUUAUGUGGGUCGCAAGACGACAACAAUGGUGCAUGAAGCAACCGGUUACAUCAAGAGAUGCUUGGGCGGUGGCGAUGAGGAUGCAAUUCUGUUUUGCGGCUCAGGCAGUACUGCAGCCAUCAAAAGGCUGCAAGAAGUUAUGGGCAUUGCUGUGCCAUCGAUUCUUAGAGAGAGGAUAUUGAAUGGCCUGGCCACGGAGAAGAGAUGGUUAGUCUUUGUCGGUCCAUACGAGCAUCACUCAAAUCUCCUCUCCUGGAGGCAGAGCCUGGCAGAAGUGGUGGAGAUCGGUUUGGACGCGAAUGGUAAGAUAGACAUUGAAUCUUUGCGCCGGCGGCUGGAGUCAUAUAAAUAUGCCAACAGGCCUAUUCUGGGUUCUUUCUCAGCUUGUAGCAACGUCACCGGAGUGUACUCUGAUACCCGAGCAAUUGCUAAACUUCUUCAUCAGUAUGGAGGAUUUGUAUGUUUCGAUUUCGCAGCUAGUGGUCCUUAUGUGAAGAUCAACAUGCGAUCUGGAGAGAUUGAAGGCUAUGAUGCAAUCUUCCUCAGCCCACAUAAGUUCAUUGGAGGACCUGGAUCACCGGGGAUUCUUCUGAUGAGCAAGGCUCUCUAUCGGUUGGGAUCUUCUCCUCCCUCAACCUGUGGAGGUGGAACCGUCAACUAUGUCAAUGGCUUCAAUGAAAAGGACACAUUAUAUUACGAUGACAUAGAAGAAAGAGAAAAUAGUGGGACUCCUCAAAUUAUCCAGAUGAUUAGGGCAUCACUGGCCUUUUGGGUGAAGGAAUACGUUGGUUACAAAGUGAUUGAAGACAAGGAAAACUUCUAUAUAAAAAUUGCACUUGAGAGGCUGCUUCCAAAUCAAAACAUAAGGGUUUUAGGGAACACAAGUGCAAAUCGACAAGCUAUAUUAUCCUUCAUCAUCUACUCUACAACAAAUUCUUCUUCGCCUGCUCCUUUGAACAAAGAUUGGAAACAUUUUGAUGACUUAGAGAGGAAGGAGAAAAGCCUUUUCAUGUGGGGGGAGACAGGGAACAAGAAAGAUAAGCCUCUCCAUGGACCUUUUGUUUCAACCCUCCUCAAUGACCUGUUUGGAAUCCAAGCUCGAGGAGGGUGUGCCUGUGCUGGACCUUAUGGUCACAGCUUGCUUGAUGUUGAUGAGACUCAAUCACUUGCUCUCAGAGAGACAAUUCUAAAGGGCUAUACCGGAGUUAAACCGGGAUGGACAAGAAUUAGUUUCCCCUACUAUAUGUCCAAUGAAGAGUUUGAAUUCAUUCUUGCUGCAUUAGAGUUUUUAUCCAUCCAUGGUCAGAGAUUUCUACCCUUUUAUGACUUCAACCUAAGAACUGGCAAUUGGACUUUCAAGAAAAAGGUGUUAAAGAACAUGGUAGGAAAAGAAAACAACACUUUGGUUAGUGCUUUUCAAGCAAUAUGCAAUGAUCGUGCCCAAUCAAACAAAUGCAAAGACGCUGGCGAAGAAGAGGACUACUGUAUGAUAGCUAAGUAUGCAUCUUACUUGGAUGGCGCGAAACAGAUUGCUGCUCUCCUUCCUAAGUUUCCCCCUCAACGCAGGCUCAAGGAAUCCAUAGAUCUUAACGUCCUGCCUUUCAGGGUUUAACUUCCAUUUGACAACUUCUAAUUUCCUGAGCGAGUUGUAUGUACUAUAUACAGAUAUGUUCUUUUCCCAGCUUUCGUUCACAAAUAAAUUUCAGUGAAGUAG